GAUAAAUAAUAUAAAGCCAAUAGAGAUGUUGCCUCCAGUCAAAUGUAUAGAUGAAGAUGGUGAAAUAAGCCCGAAACAUAGCACGCUUCGUGAAACGAAGCCGAUAAGGAGGAAGUACAAGAUGGAUAUUGAAAUCAAGCCCAAACUUAACCAAAGAGUUUUAUCUAAUAACCAAAGGCAUCUUAGUAAUUUACGUAUGAGGAAGAACAUGAGUGUGGAGUACAGGCAUCUGCCUGAUCCUGACUAUCACCCUCCUAAGGGAGAUGAUCUUUAUGUCUGUGUAGAUGCUGAUGUCAGCAAACCUUUGGAUCCAAGCUAUAGAUCUCAGUUUCCAAAAAUUAAAAAAUCUCGAUUCAGUAAUGCUUUAGAGACUUUGUCCAUUGAUGAGAGGAGAAAGAAGAAUAAUAAAUCUUUGGUUAGGAUGCGUAAAAACUUGAAGCUUCCCAACCAUUUGUCUAAUUAUUCCAUUUUGUCGAAUAACAAUACUCAGAUUAGAUCAAACAUCGAAAUUUCAAGAGAAAGGGAGAAUAAAAGUGUUACUCAUUUAAUUAAUAAACUCAAAAAAGCACAGAUGGUUAAGGCUGGAACUGGAAGCGAGCUUUCUAAUUUCACUCCAGGCCGAAAUAUUCACAGCAAGAAGACUUUGCCAAUGGAGUCUAGAAUUAAUAUGAUGAUCAAGAAUGACUCCACAGUUGAUUUCCCUCAGUCCUUGAUCUCAAAGAGAUCUUAUGAUAAGACUGUAAUCUUCUCUGAUAUUGAAGUUUAUUUGAACAAAAUUAGGAAGCAUGGAAAGAUCCAACCUAAAAUAUACGGAAUCUUCAAGUUGCCUAUAGGUAAAAUUCAUGAACCACAAGGAGACUUUGAAGCUUCUUCAGUGAGUUCAAUCCUCAGCCAGUGAAAUGAAAUUGUUCUCGAGCAAAGAUAUCGCAGAAGGAGGCUUCAGAACCACCAGACAAUCACCAUUGAAUUUCUAGAUUGUAAAAUUGAAAAUUCAAUUGAAGAGGAGAAGAAGACUCCGUUCCAUUACAUCUAUACUACUUCUGGCGAAAGAGUCAGCACCUUCACUUCGUGUCUGGAUGAGAAGAUCUUACUCCUAGUUCAUGAAGACAAGACCAGACUUGUCAAAAAGUUGUUGAAAUACCGAGAAAUCGAACUUCUUAAAGAGAAACAAGCUAAAUAUCAUACUAAGAACUACCGAGCAGAGAUGGAAAAAGCCAUGGCUGGCUUUUGUCAAGAGAAUCUGCAGAAGUGGAAAUCCAACAUGCAAAGAAUCAUUUCUAAGGAUAAUAUCGAGUAUAACCUCCAGAAGAAUGAAGAAGGAAGGAUCAAAUACGGUACUAAGCUUAUCAAAGCAGUACCAUUGAGUGUUUCACCAAAAGCAAUCGAGAUGGAUUAUUCCAAAGAUAGCUUUGAAAAUCUUAGCUCAUCAGAAGAAGAGCUCGCAACUCAGGUAAAAUCAUUCUUAAUCAAUCCAAAAAUCAAGGAUCUCAGUCCUAAGAAGAAUAUUUCAAGAAGGCACUCAAUAAAGAAGACAUAUUCUCCUGAGAACACUGUUGCUGGGAAAUCUAUUCAUUCCCCAUCCAGGAGAAUGACUAUAAACCAAGACAAGCCUUUUCAGGGCUUUUCUAAGGAUCUAGUUCCUGACCUGAAUUACAGACAGAUCAAGCGGAUUGCUAAGAAAUACAAAAUCCCUAUAAACCAGGUCUAUGAGCUGAUUACUCAGUAUAAUGGAUUAGUCAAAAUCAGUGACCAAGAUGUCAAGGCCAGCAAUGAAGAAGAUAUGGUCAAUUCUCCAAGGUCAGAUGACGAAGAAGCCAAGAAGCUUCUUGGCGUCAAGGCUGAGACCUUGAGCAAGUAUACUAGGCUUCUUUCAGACAAGCAUCCAGAUAUAAUUCCUAAGAUUCUGAAAGGAGUCGGGGUUGACAUUGGGUCUAAAGACCCAAGGGUCAACCUCCGAUCUUUCCUAAACUUAAAUAGCAUUCUAGAUUUUGGUACAGCAAACAAGAGUGAGCUUAUCCAGUUUUGGACCAGAAUCCUCGAUCCUGAUAAUAUUAUGAAUGUAGAAAAGUUCCAAGUCAUGGACUUUUUAGAAAAAUUAUCUAAAGGCAGGUUCACCAGAUCCAAUAAUGAUGAGUUCAGUUAUGCGAAGGAUGUCUGGAAAUUUUUUAUCUCAAAGGAAGUUGUAACACCAAAAGGAGACAAGCUUGAUAUCCAUAAACUUCGGGCUAGUCUGGAGAAAGGCAGUAUUGACAUUAAAAUCUUUGGGGAUAUUUUCAAAUCUGGGUUCAAUCCUAGCCUCAAUAAAGACGAUGAUUCUUGAUCAAGUUAAUUAUUCAACAUCAAAAUAACUAAGA